CCUAAAAUCAAUAAUAAUUUAUACAAUAAAACGAAUUUAGGAAGUUUCACUGGUGAAGUGGUUUUCUUCACCCACUGAUUUCUAUUGUAAAUCUCUCUCCCUCUAUAUAUGUGAUUCAUAUAAGUAUUAUUAUUUGAUAGAGAAGCUAAGUGUGUGUCUCUUUAGUGCUCUCUGUUUUCUUCUGCUUAUGAAAAAACUUCAUGGCGAAUUUUGAGGAUAUGGAAGAGAAUCAGUGGGGAUGUUUUGUUUUCUUUUCUCUUUCUCAGUUCAUCGAAACUAUAACCCACUAAACAUACAAAACCAAAUUAUUUAUAAAAAGCAAAAGCAAACAAAAACAAAUAAACGGAUCAAUUUCUUUCUUUUGUUUGUUUCUUCUUCUUUUCUCCAAUCUCUAGUGUAACGUUUCAUGUCACUUGAUAAAUAAAAUAUUUUAGGAAGAAAGUGCGAGAAACUCGGGAGUUAUACAAAAAAAUAACAUUUUUGUAGAAAAAAAGCUCUCGUCUUUUCAGUUACUUUUCUCUUUUGUCACACUUUCAUAUUUUUUUCUCUAAUCAUGGAGGCAACAGAAUUGCAUUAGCUUCAUUUUCUCUCAUACUUCCACAACCUGUAACUUUCUGAUCUUCCAGUGAAUUAUGCUAAAGAAGAGAUCAAGAAGCAAGCAAGCUUUAAUGGCGGAAACAAACCAGAGUCAGAAUCAGAAACAGAGUAAAACGACGCCGUUUCCGAGGCUCUUCACAGCUUUUAGUAGCUUUAAAAGCUUCACUGAAAACGACGCCGUCGCGAGUCCAACUUCAAUUCUCGACACCAAACCUUUCUCUGUUUUGAAAAACCCAUUUGGAUCCGAUAACCCGAAAACCCAAGAACCCGAAACCCGUCUCAAACUCGAACCCAAAAGAAUCGGACUCGCCAUUGUCGAUUCUCUAAUCCAAGACGAAACACCCGAACCCGGACCGAGAUCCGGGACAAUUCUAUUCGGGUCUCAGCUUCGGAUCCGGGUCCCGGAUUCUCCGAUUUCCUCGUCGGAUUUCGGGAUCAAAACGAGGAAUUCUCAACCGGAGACGAAGAAACCGGGUUCCGAGUCGGGUCUUGGGUCUCCCAGAAUCAUCUCCGGCUAUUUCCCGGCGAGCGAUAUGGAGUUAUCGGAGGAUUACACAUGCGUGACGUGUCACGGGCCUAACCCGAGAACCAUUCAUAUAUUCGAUAACUGUAUCGUUGAGAGCCAACCCGGCGUCGUUUUCUUCCGGAGCUCCGACCCGGUUAAUGAAUCGGAUUCGGAUUAUUCCCCACCCGACAGUUUUCUCAGUUGUUGCUGUAACUGUAAGAAGAGUCUUGGGCCUCGUGAUGACAUUUUCAUGUACAGGGGAGAUAGAGCUUUCUGUAGCAGUGAAUGCAGGUCCAUAGAGAUGAUGAUGUCAGAGGAAAAUGAUACUAAAUGAAAUAAGUUUUUAUUUGAGCUAUAUAUAAAAAAAAAGUUAUGAUAAUGACUAUGAUUAAUAAAACGUUAGAUAUGGUGAAUUUUGUUUAGUUGCUUUUGUUUUGGUUUGGAGAAGAGUUUGGUAUCGGUAUCUAUGUGUAUUAUGUGUCUACAUGCAUAAUCAUAUAUACAUGUUUUACUUUAAUGGUUACUUUUAAUCUUUAAUAAACAGUAGAGAUCACAAUAACUCAAUUCCAUUUGCGGUGUCAAGACAGAAAACUAAAACACGAGCAUCAAAAUUCAAGAAGGAGAAGACACAUAAUUCUUAGUUUCGUGUUUUGAUACUCGGACAUGUAAAUUAGUCUAUUUCUCGUCUUCAAUGUUUGAAAUCGUGAUUUGAAAAUCUCCUUAGAUUACUAACUAGUCACCGAGCUAUAGAUGCAUGU